AUGCCGUCGAGCGGUGUUGCGGCGGCGGCCGCCGCCGCUACAGCUAUUGCCCCGUGUAAUGUUACGGCAACACCAAAUACGGACGCUAAUCUGAUCAACAGUAGUUUUCAAAACAAUGCGAGCAGUAACAAUGUAAGCAGUAAUGCGUGUUCCGCAAAUUCGACCACUUCGCCAGCUUCGUCGGGCAAUGUCGACAACGUGAAACGAAUGGAAUGCGAUAGUUCAGUGCCAAGUCCACCAAAAACACAACAGCCCCAACAUACGUUCAUUGGGCAGACCUCAAUGGCGCAGUCGUCAAAUACUGCUGCCGCUGCUGCAACUCCACAUUCCAAUGCAUCCCCACAUGUAUUGGGCAGCAGCGCCAGUUCUGUGGGUAGUGUUACAAUGCCCACUGGCCAAGCCAUGCCAUCCGGUUUUCAUUCCAGAAUUCUCGUCAGUCAACAAGUUCAAGCUCAGCAACAGUUGCAUCAACAGCAGCAACAACACCAGUCGCCAUCUCCGAUUGCAUCCACUCCCUAUUCUCAGCAGCAGCAUCUGAAAUCGAACGUUAUCACAACAGCAACCACAACAGCAAUGCGUCGUCCCCCCUCUCAAUCAGCCGUUUCACUGCCUUCAACGUCAACCACCUUCUCAACGUCGCAUGCAGCCGAUGUGUUGAGUAGUCUCUCAGAGACAGGUUCCAUUCACCACACGAACAGCAACGGUAAAAUAACAAGUUCCACAUCAAUUGUAGCGUCGAAUAGUGGUGUUGCUACAUCUAAAAGUGUGAAUAAUGCAAGUAAUAAUGCAACUUCCGCACCUUUACCGUCCAGUACCUCAACAGCUAUCUUACUAGCACAAUCGAAAACGUCCCCAUUUAAAGCUCAGCAGCCAAUGUCGAACACUUCCGGACCCCCGUCAGUGAGCACCAACGGAAUCGUAGAGUAUCAUGAUGGAGCUGAUUGUGGAACCAUCGUCUCUCCCACACUAUCUUCACCGUCAUCAUCAGCGAUGGUGGCGCAAAAUUCCCCGCCAACAACAGCGAUGAAAAAGGAGUCAAGUGAGUUGUCAAUUGAUACCGUUGGCCUGUUCCACUCUUGUUCAUAUUUGGAAGCAGUAGAAUGA